UUUCACUAUAGUGGGCGAGAGAGUUGUAGACAGAACAACCGAAUACACGUGUAAAAGAUAAUAACCAUGAAGGUUACAGUUGCAUUUGCUGUUGUUGUGUACUGUGUCCUUGGAUAUUUUUGUGGUCUGUCAGAUGCGCUCAAGUGUUAUGAGUGUACGUCUGCGACCAGCAAUGAUUGCGCUGACCCGUUCUCGACAAGCAAAUCGGAAGACAAUUGUUCCAUGUGUGGUAAAACCAAGAUCACGAUCGGAGGCAGUGAAGUGCUACAGCGUACAUGUUUACCUAAGACCCAGGGAAUAUCAACAGGGUGCACAUCAGGAAGCGAGGGAGGUGCUAGCGGCGACGCCUGCUUUUGUGACAGUGACCUCUGUAAUGCUUCAACGCGUGCCUCCAUGCCAACCGCACUGCUCUUCCUCCUGCCAGCACUAAUUCUGUGUUUGAGAAAUUAA